ACUAUAUAAAACAAACCCUAAGCCUCUUUCACUGCCAACCAAGUUGAUAAAGCAAAUCCAUCUCUCGUCUCAGCUGGUACUAGUCCAAUCGAUUCCUAGAAAUUUACUUGAGAUGGGAAAGAGCAAGGUUCUGGUGGUGGGUGGGACUGGGUAUAUGGGAAGGAGGAUCGUGAAGGCCAGCCUGGCACAAGGCCACGAGACCUACGUGCUCCGGCGACCGGAGAUCGGUCUCGACAUCGAAAAGUUGCAGAUAUUGUUAGGGUUCAAAGAGCAAGGAGCACAUCUCGUCGAGGCCACCUUCUCUGAUCACCGCAGCCUCGUCGAUGCCGUCAGGCUAGUUGACGUCGUCAUUUGCACCAUGUCUGGCGUUCAUUUCCGCAGUCAUAACAUCUUGUUGCAGCUCAAGCUCGUUGAGGCCAUCAAAGAAGCUCCAAACGUCAAGCGAUUCUUGCCGUCGGAGUUUGGGAUAGACCCGGCUCGGAUGGGUCACGCAAUUGAACCCGGAAGAGUGACGUUUGAUGAGAAGAUGGUGGUGAGGAAGGCGAUAGAAGAUGCCCAUAUCCCCUUCACUUACGUCUCCGCCAACUGCUUCGCCGGCUACUUCGUCGGCAACCUCUCUCAACUUGGAACGCUUGUCCCUCCCAAAGACAAAGUCCGCCUGUAUGGAGGUGGCAAUGUCAAAGCUAUUUUUAUGGACGAAGAUGAUAUCGCAACAUAUACUAUUAAAGCGAUAGAUGAUCCGCGCACUCUGAACAAAACAGUAUACUUGAGACCACCAGAGAACAUUCUCUCCCAAAGGCAAUUAGUUGAGACAUGGGAAACUCUUACGCACCAAGAAUUGGACAAAGAAGACAUUUCUGCAGAGGAUUAUUUAGCAUCCAUUGAAGGAAUGGACUAUGCUGGGCAGGUUGGAGCAGGGCAUUUCUAUCACGUAUUCUAUGAAGGCUGUUUAACCAACUUUGAAAUAGGGGAAGGGGGAGAAGAAGCCUCCAAGCUUUACCCAGAGGUGGAAUACACCCGCAUGGAUGCCUUCCUGCGACGCUAUCUAUAAAAUAUUUUUUUAGCUUUACCCAGAGGUGGAAUACACCCGCAUGGAUGCAUUCCUGCGACGCUAUCUAUAAUGAUGUAAUGUUUUUUUUCUUCUUUAUUUUUCGCCAAAGGAUUGAUGCGUAGUCUGGAAUUGUUCCAGUAUGAAAAGUCAUAAGCUUGAUGCUGUCA